AUGCCGCCGCCCGCCACUGCCAGCUGCGCCGCCUCCGUGUCCUUGGUGGAGCUCGAUCGCUUCGGCUGGCGGGUGCGCUCUGGCGACUCGCACCUACUGCGCACCCCGCUGGGCAAGCUGCAGGUUCCAGCGAGCCGCGCGUCUGCAAGCGUCAGCCUCGCCGACGCGUCGCCGACGGCGCCGCUCCCCUUCUUCGCCGCGGUCUUCUCCCUCUACUUUGUCGACCUCUCCACAGAGCUCAUCAUCAACGCCGUCGGGUCGCGGGCGCAUGGCUGGAGCCGCGUGCCCGAGGCGCUCCUCGCAGCUCUGGACGCUCUCCUCGUCGUCGUGGCCGCUUGCACCACCUGGCUGCCGGCCGCGCUCUGCACGUGGCGACUGCGCGCCGUGCCGCAUGUCUCGCUCGCCGCGGUCUUCUCCCCUCGCGAGCGGCGCGAGUCCGCCAUGGCCCUCCUCACGCCGUACGUGAAUCGUGAUCGUCCCGCGCUCCCGGCCGUCCCGUCCAGCUUCGUGGCCAUCCUUCUCGUCGUGUGCGGGUUGCUUGGGCGGAAGCCGGAACGGCAGCCGCCCUCUCCUCGGAUCAUAAAGAAUCCGUUUUCACCA